AGCACAGUUCACUGUAUGACCGCGAGAAAUGCGGUCAUACCUGCACCGAACCUCCUAAACACAGCCAGCGUUGACAAGAAUCCAAGCACCUCUCCCUCGGCGUCUGCUGCCAGGGCAAGGCAGGAGAACAUGACCCACGCUGAACGGCUAUCCCGGGGAGCCACUGCUACGGCCACUAAUACCACCGAGCCAUCUCUAUCGGAGCCGUAUCAGAAUGGGUAUCACUUCCCUCCACGACACUCCCUCAAAGAGUCGACACAACUUGGCGCCAUUGCUCUUUGGAACUACGCAUGUACUCCGCUUGGCUUCUUCGUCGUUCUAUAUGGGCUUCUGGUGGUAGCAUGGGGGGGCAAGCUUUUCCUCCUACUCUGCAACGCAGCUCCAGCUAUGUGCCAUCCCUCUUGCGAGCAUAUUGACUCACCACGACGCAAGUGGAUUGAGUGGGAUUCGCAGAUUGUCAAUGCUCUGUUUUGCGUCACGGGCUUCGGCCUUGCUCCGUGGAGAUUUCGCGACCUAUUCUAUCUAUUGAAGUACCGUGUUGGUUCCAAAGACGAAGCCCUACGCCACCUGGCUGGCAUUCAUCGCAGUUGGUUUCGCCUCCAUGGCUCAGAUCGACUUCCUCCAAGGGUGGGGCCCCAAAGCACCAGCGAACUCUUCGAAGACCGACCACUCGUCAACGUUCCGUCGCCGGAGAGCAAGAUUCCAGAUGCACCGUUAACAGGUGUGCGCGCCGGGCCUACUCCGGAAUGGAAGAUGGACUUUGUCAUAUGGUUCAUGGUCAGCAAUACGUUUCUCCAAUGUGGACUAUCCGGCCUCAUGUGGGGUAUGAAUCGUUACAACAGACCAGCUUGGGGCGUCGGACUGCUCGUUGCUCUAGCUUGUGGUGCUGCCGCUACUGGUGGGUUGAUGAUGUUCCACGAAGGGAAGAAAGUGAAGAGGAUUGAAGGUGUACCAGUUAGCGAUAAGGAUGUGGAACAACUCACGAGAGACAAGGAGCUUGGCGUAACCCACUAUAACAACAUUAAGGACAAGAAACCAAAGGAGAAGAGGAAGAAAAGAAAAGUAAGGGAGGCUGAGGAUAAAGAGGCCGCUCAGCCUAGCAGCGGUUAG